AUGAGUGGACACAGAGAGUCGCCAGGUAGGGAACUCUUACACACACACCAUACACACAAACACACUGGAAAAAAGUAUAGAUCUACAUUAGUAGAAUCUGGAAAGUACAGAUCUACAUUAGUAGAAUCUGGAAAGUACAGAUCUACAUUAGUAGAAUCUGGAAAGUACAGAUCUACAUCAGUAGAACCUGGAAAGUACAGAUCUACAUCAGUAGAACCUGGAAAGUACAGAUCUACAUCAGUAGAAUCUGGAAAGUACAGAUCUACAUCAGUAGAAUCUGGAAAGUAUAGAUGUGCAUCAGUAGAAUCUGGAAAGUAUAGAUCUACAUCAGUAGAACCUGGAAAGUACAGAUCUACAUCAGUAGAACCUGGAAAGUACAGAUCUACAUCAGUAGAAUCUGGAAAGUACAGAUCUACAUCAGUAGAAUCUGGAAAGUAUAGAUGUGCAUCAGUAGAAUCUGGAAAGUAUAGAUCUACAUCAGUAGAACCUGGAAAGUACAGAUCUACAUCAGUAGAACCUGGAAAGUACAGAUCUACAUCAGUAGAAUCUGGAAAGUACAGAUCUACAUCAGUAGAAUCUGGAAAGUAUAGAUCUACAUCAGUAGAAUCUGGAAAGUAUAGAUCUACAUCAGUAGAAUCUGGAAAGUACAGAUCUACAUCAGUAGAAUCUGGAAAGUACAGAUCUACAUCAGUAGAAUCUGGAAAGUACAGAUCUACAUCAGUAGAAUCUGGAAAGUAUAGAUCUACAUCAGUAGAAUCUGGAAAGUAUAGAUGUACAUCAGUAGAAUCUGGAAAGUAUAGAUCUACAUCAGUAGAAUCUGGAAAGUACAGAUCUACAUCAGUAGAAUCUGGAAAGUACAGAUCUAGAUCAGUAGAAUCUGGAAAGUAUAGAUCUACAUCAGUAGAAUCUGGAAAGUAUAGAUGUGCAUCAGUAGAAUCUGGAAAGUAUAGAUCUACAUCAGUAGAAUCUGGAAAGUAUAGAUCUACAUCAGUAGAAUCUGUAAAGUAUAGAUCUACAUCAGUAGAAUCUGGAAAGUACAGAUCUACAUCAGUAGAAUCUGGAAAGUAUAGAUCUACAUCAGUAGAAUCUGGAAAGUAUAGAUCUACAUCAGUAGAAUCUGGAAAGUAUAGAUCUACAUCAGUAGAAUCUGGAAAAAAAGGUAAAGAUCUACCCCAUCAGUAG